AUGACUGAAAUGCGAGUUAAAGCUGAUUUGGGGGACUGCCGUUUUUAUAAAAAAAAGUUCCCCGAAGUAGAUGAUUUGAUUAUGGUUAAGGUUAAUAGAAUUGAGGAUAUGGGAGCUUACGUUUCUAUAUUGGAAUAUAACGAUAUGGAAGGUAUGAUUUUAAUGUCCGAACUCUCCAAAAGAAGAUUCAGAAGUGUUAACAAAUUAAUACGUGUAGGUAGGCAUGAAGUGGUACUUGUUUUAAGAGUCGAUAGCCAAAAAGGAUAUAUCGAUUUAUCAAAAAGAAGAGUAUCUCCAAAAGAUAUAAUAAAAUGUGAAGAAAAAUUUUCAAAGUCUAAAAAGGUACACCAGACCGUACGACAUGUAGCUAAAGAACAUGGUAUUACUGUAGAAGAAUUAAAUGAAAAAGCUAUUUGGCCAUUAUAUGAAAGAUAUGGACAUGCUUUAGAUGCAUUGAAAGAAGCUACUAUGAAUCCAGAAAAUGUAUUUAAAGGAUUAGAUAUAUCAGAAGAAAUUAAAAAUUCUUUAUUAAAAGAUAUUAAACUAAGACUUACUCCACAAGCAUUAAAAUUAAGAGGCAGAAUUGACGUGUGGUGUUUUGGAUAUGAAGGUAUUGAUGCUGUUAAAGAAGCUCUCAAAAAAGGAAAAGAAAUAUCAAAUGAUAAAGUUUCUAUUAAUAUAAAAUUAAUUGCUCCACCUCAAUAUGUUAUUGUUACUUCUUGUCAUGAUAAAGAUCUUGGUAUGUCAAAAAUUCAAGAAGCUAUGAAAGUUAUAAGUGAUAAAAUUAAAGAAUAUAAAGGAGGUGAUUUUAAACAACAAGGAGAAAUAUUAGUUAUUGGAGGGGAUGAAGAAAAACGUCUAGAAGAAUUAUUAGAUAAGCAUGAUGGAAUAUCAAGUGAUGAUGAUGAUUAUAAUUCAAGUGAUGAGGAUGACGAAAAUUCGAGUGAUGAAGAUGAAAAUACAAGUGAAGAAGAAGAGGAAGAAGAAGAUUAA